UGCGAAAACUAGCAGGUUGCAUAUCAAAACUGGAAGAAAAAAAUGGCGCCACCACGGACCACGAUGCGUUUCUUUUGCUUUCGCCAAGAUCUUUAAUUGUCUUCUCGUGACACGCACCGCAAGGUGAAACGCUGAACAUGAGGAGAAAAAAAAAUUGCCCUCGCUUCACUUCGACAUUUUAAUGAUAGAAAAUUAUAAACAUGCGUACAGGCAAACCAAUUUUUGCGGCGAUCAGCUGAUUGUUCCGAAAACGCGCCAAUUUUCAACGCCGCCCGCGCGCAUCGGUUUCAGCCGAAGGCGGCAGUCGUCAGGCGCGCAGUCGUCGGAGGUCGGUUGGUUUAGUACUGCGAGGUGUUGUGAAGGUGGCUUGGUGGCUGUUCGGAACGAAAGCAUCGUGUUGUUUGUGUGUGCAUCGCGGAGAUAUUGUGACGAAGAGCGCGUGAGAGCAGCACGAUUCUACGCGGAAGCGAGCGGAAAGUUUUCCCUCCGGUCCGCCGACUCCGCGGGAAUCGUUAGGCCUAGGCGGAAUUUGCCCGCGUCUCGCUGGUUAUGCUUCGUUCGGCGAGUUGAACAUCGAGCGACAUGGUUAAGACGAGAAACAAGUCCUCCGCGGCGGAACCUCCGCCGAGGAUCGCUACACGGAGAUCUACGAAGGCCGAGGUCACCGAAUCGCACAAUUCAGAGGAGUCCGUUGACGAUGAAGACAAAAGGCGAUCAUCUCGAAGGUUGAAGUUCUCCGACGACGAAUCUUCAGCGCGCCUGACGCAGUCGGUAAGGGGGCACGUUCACCAAAACCACCUGCUGCCCAACGGCCGUGCACACUCCUCGUUGCGACGCCGUGAACCGCCACCGCCACCCAAUAAUGUGGCUGUCUCAACAGAUGACGACAUGAACGAGGACGAUGACAGCAUGGUGCGACGGAGCACCCGCCGUCGCAAGUGUAUCUAUGGCAACCUCAACCAGACAUGGAUACUAACGUCAAGCCUGCCAGACUUCAGCAAGUCACCUACGAACCAGUCGGGUGCCGGUAACAAAAAGGACCCGACCGCUUUCCACCACUACCUCCGCAGCUCAGCCAGCCACCAUCACAACAGCAUGCCUCCUGGUGGCAACGACUCUGAGACCUUAGACGGGGACAAUGAGGACAGCCUCGAGUCAAAGCGGAGCAACGAGAAAGGAGUGAAUGCUGAGCUCCGUCGUCUCGGCCUGUCUGAGAUGCAGCAUUUCUCGGCAGACGACAUGUACUCACGGGUGAAGCGGACACGCCAGCAACACCAGGCGGCGGCUGCAGCGGCCGAAGAGCAGCCGUUCUUCCGCACAAGGAGCUCCCGUCGUGCCGCUGCGGAGGAGCGGCGCGGGCGCCGGCGAGAGGCAGCCGCGGCAGCGGGAGUGGCCGCCAGCGACUCCGAGCCCCGUGGUGGCAGCUCGGGGGUCUCAGGUGACAGCGACGUCGACGACGAGGAGGAAGAGGUGCAGCUGCCUGUGAUGAAUGGCUACCACCUCCGUCCCAAAAAGCCCGUCACGGAGCGCUUCCAAGUGCCUGUUGCGGAGACAAAGCGGUCCAAGCGGAUAGCCAGCAUCUUCCACACACCAAAGCAUGAUCGGCGGAACCGGUCUUCCUACCAUUCUCCUGCCCACAGGAGUCCCAUGUACAGAAGGAAACGUCACGCCACGCACAACAGCUCCUCGACGAGCAGUUCGAGCGACGACGAGCGGCGUUUCGAGCGGCGCAAGGCACGCAGCAUGGUCCGCGCCCGGAACCGGUGCCUGCCAUUCAACUUCCAGGAGAAGGACCUCUUUGAGGGCGUGCUCCGUGACCGAGCCAAGAUCGGCUCCAGCCUGGCUGACGUGGACCCCAUGCAUGUCGACAAGGAGGUCAUGUUUGACCGUGUCGGUGGGCUGGACAGUCACAUUCGGCAGCUCAAGGAGAUGAUCCUUUUCCCGCUCAUCUAUCCCGAAGUUUUCGAGCGCUUCAAGAUCACCCCACCACGGGGUGUGCUCUUCUACGGACCCCCUGGCACUGGCAAGACGCUGGUGGCACGAGCGCUGGCGAACGAGUGUGCACGAGGCGACUCGCGGGUGGCCUUCUUCAUGCGCAAGGGUGCCGACUGCCUCAGCAAAUGGGUUGGCGAGUCCGAGCGACAGCUGCGCUUGCUCUUCGACCAGGCCUACUCCAUGCGUCCGUCCAUCAUCUUUUUCGAUGAAAUCGAUGGCCUGGCACCCGUGCGGUCAACGCGGCAGGACCAGAUCCACAGCUCCAUCGUCUCCACGCUGCUCGCCCUGAUGGAUGGCCUCGACUCCCGGGGCGAGGUGGUCGUCAUUGGGGCCACCAACCGCAUCGACGCCAUCGAUCCCGCGCUACGACGGCCGGGCCGUUUCGACCGCGAGUUCCACUUUUCGCUGCCCUGCCAUAAGGCACGCCUCAGCAUACUCCAGAUCCACACACGCGACUGGCAUCCGGCCCCAAGCCAGGCGUUGCUCUCAGAGCUGGCCGCUCGCUGCACGGGCUACUGCGGGGCCGACCUCAAGGCGUUGUGCUCGGAGGCUGCCCUGGUGGCUCUGAGGCGCAGCUUUCCCCAGAUCUAUGCCACCAAGGAAAAGCUGCAGCUCAACAUCGACACCGUGCAGAUCCUGCCGGAGGACUACGACCGAGCCAUGCGCAAGAUCGUGCCGGCCUCGCAACGCUGCGGCGCCUCGCCGGCGCGCCCGCUGAGCACGACCGUGCGGCCCCUGCUGUGCCAGCUGGUGGAGAAGGCCCUGGUGUACCUGCAGAAUGCCUUUGCCGCCGGCCUGCACAAGUCGUCCAUAACGCAGCGACUCACCGGCCAGGACGGCAAUCAGAGUGACGACAGCAGUGUGGUCUCCGAUGAUGAAGCCAUGAACGGAGUCUGCAACUCUGCAGUCGACCUCGCUGAGAAGGUCGCGGGCACCGGAAGCAUCAUUCCAAGUAUCAGGUCUCGUUUCGCUGCCAGCCGCAGUGCCAGCCACCGGCCCCGCCUUCUCAUCUGUGGCCGCCCUGGCCUCGGCCAGACGACACACGUGGCACCUGCCGUGCUCCACCUGCUGGAGCACCUGCCCCUGCACCGGCUGGAUCUGCCCUCGCUCCAUUCUGUCACAGCUCGCGCACCCGAGGAGGCCUGCGCCCAGGUGCUCCAGGAAGCGCAGCGGGUGCUGCCCGGAGUGCUGUACCUUCCGCACGUGUGCCAGUGGUGGGAGACGUUGGGCGACGCGGUCCGAGCCACAUUCCUGACCCUCCUCAGCGACCUGGAGCCCCUGACCCCGGUGCUUUGGCUGGCCACGGCCGACGUGCCUUUCAACCAGUUGCCUCCACAGGUGCAACAGCUGUUUGGGCCGUCAGAAGUGCUCGAGAUGGCGCCCCCGACGGAGGCGGAACGGCGCAGCUUUUUUGCGCCGGUAUUCACCAAGGCGGCCACACCACCGCGGCCCAAGCGACCCCCUCCCGAGCAAAUGCCCGCCUUGCCAGCAGCCCCUCCGCCGGAGCCUCGGAAGCUGACCCCCUCUGAACUGGAGCGCCUCCGACAGCAGGAGGAAGCAACGCUUCGGGAGUUGCGCCUGUUCCUGCGGGACAUCUUGACCAAGUUGAUGCGCGACAGGCGGUACAGCAUGUUUGCCAAGCCCGUGGAUGCGCUGGAGGUGCCCGACUACCUGGAGGUAAUCAAGCAGCCCAUGGACAUGGAGACCAUGAUGGUCAAGAUAGACCUGCACCAGUACCAGACCGUGGCCCAGUUCCUGCAAGACAUUGAGCUCAUCUGCUCCAAUGCGCUCGAAUACAACCCCGACCGGAACCCCACGGACAAAAACAUCCGGCAUAGGGCCUGCGCCCUCCAGGACGCGGCCAACGCGCUCGUGGACACCGAGCUCGACUGGGGCUUCGAGAAGAUCUGCCAGGACAUUGUGCAGGCCCGCAAGGAAAGAGGAGAGGAGCCAGUGCCUUAUGUACCGAAGAACUACCACGUCGCUCCGCGACCUGCCCCAGUGAACUCCGAUGCCCCAGUACCUGAUCUGCCUCAAGCCGAGGCGUCCAAUGAAGAGGCAGGCCCCAAGAGGUUUAGUCGGAGACUUCGGGGAAUGGUGGUCGUCGCGUCUGACGAAGAGGACGCUGCGGAGAACGGCACGGCCGACGCAACUGCGGGAGACAAGACCGAAGUUCCUCCUCCCACACAGACGGCUGCUGCUCAGGAUGCUGCGGUCGAGGUUCCAGAUGCGUCGACACCAGACAGCCAGUCGUCGUCCAGGCCUUCGUCGAAUAGCAAAGGAGGGGAGACGUCCGGCGGCGACCGGCGGGCAUACCCCGUGGUGCGCCGUCGCAAGUCGCUGUGGUUUGGCAGCUACCGUCGCCGCGUGACGCGGCACGCCGCUGCUGCUCUGCCCGGCCGCAAAAAGACGCCCGCUGUGAUCGAUAAAGUUGCGCCUAGAAGUUCAGCGAAGCGACGGCGGUCGUCUUCGGAUGGAACGGGAAAGAACUGCAGCACGUCACAACCACCAGCUGCCAAGAUUGCUGCAAAGGACAAGUCUCCAUCGACGGAAACCAGGCAGGCAGCCACACCCACAGGGUCAAAGAAAGUUAGUCCUGACGCUGCUGAGUCCAGCAAAUCAUCGCAAGACAAGGCGGCACGAGUAGAAGAAAGUGAAGCAGACGAUGUGACAGAGGAUGCGUCCUCCGUUGAAGAGCCCACCACAACGGCACAGGUGCUGCAGUUGAACCAGGGCUGGCUGGAGGAGCUUGAGGACAGGACAGUGAACCAGACAGAAGGCGCGACUGUGGAGCAGCUUGAAAGACUGUACUGCGCAUUGCUCAACGUUGUGCGUCGUCACCGGCGCUCCUGGGACCGUAAUGUCAUGCUCCUGGAGAUGGCUCAACAGCUGGAUUCCUUCAGGAACCUGUUAAGCUGCCAAACACGGACAUAGCAGCGGCUCAAGCAAUCUCACUGCCGCGUCGUAUUUAAUGCUAACUGGUGCGAGAGAGAGGGAAGGGACUGCUGUAGCGCCAGCCUGUCGCGACGAAGCUGUGGGCAACGCACCACCACUGCAGCACUGCCAAACCAACGGGUCCACCUGCGCCGAUCAAGCAGACAGAUGCAGCAAGAUGCGUGACAAGACAUUCUUGCAGUUCAAGACCACAUCAUUUCUUCUUCUGAACUGAUGCCUUUUUACUACACUGCCCUGGCCGUUGAGAAUCUUCUUUUUCUCUCCGGUAUGAUGCAGAUGGACAAUAUUAAAAUAUGCUGCCGUAGUUCUUUUUCUUUCUCACAACACCAUGCAUAUGUGUGAAUGUGUGCAUGUGUGUGUGCGUGUACGAACGUGGCACCUGGGAGCCUUUUCCUCCUGUGGUGCAUACCAUAUCUGUUGUGAUCAUGUGUUGAGAAAACUUGACAUUUUCAUUGUCAUCUCCUUGUUUUCUCUUUCUUUUUUCUUUUUACCUUGUGUCUGUGCUGCGACCAGAAAGUUUUCCUCGACUCUCAACAAUUAAGCAGACACAGCUGAGUGGUUUGACUCUGUCCUCACGGCCAGAUAAAAUGAAGUACGCCGGGGUUCUGCUGGUCCACACUCCUACGUCAGCGGGGUGUGGCUUUUACAUCUUGUUGCCGCCCUAGUGGCGGCAUGGUCAACCAUCUUUGCACUGUGGAUACCGUAAACUGAUACAGGAUACCGUAAGCCUCAUACAGGAUUUGAGCUAGAGAGAGAAGGUGCAAAAUUGUACCCCUGCGCUUGUUUUAGGUCAUCACAGGCAUUGGGAGAGCAGCCGCUUGAGCUGUACGUAAGGCCUUGAAAUGUAGGCCUAGGCUUGUGUGGCUAUACUUUGGGUGCCCAUUUUGUUUUGUUUUUCUUUGGCAUUCAUUCUGUGUUGGGCGCCACAUCGUAUUUGAGGGGGAGGGGGAAUUAAACAGUUGUUGUGGAAUUGAAGUGACAAAUAAUGCACGUAAGGAAGACAUGAUGGCAUAAAGAAAGAUCGCAUAAAAGAACGUAAGAGCUUAGAUUCUUCUAUGUGAUCAUCUUUGUUCGUGCUGUUAUGUCUUCUCUAUACGUGAAUUAACUAGCCUGGCAAAGAGUACCAUUAAUUAAUGCAUACCGUGAUUAGUACUCCUAGAUGUGUACCUGCAACUGGAACUACUGAUUUGGACCGUCUUGACCACUUGACGUUUUCACUGCACGCUGAAACGCUUACAGGCCGUAGUAGGAGCACAGUUAUUUCUCGUGUUGUGUCUGUGCCUGUUAAUGAAAUGUGUUGUUUGCUCAACGUGUCGUUUCUAGAUAGUAUACACAUCAUAGAUGCCUUCGGUAUGAAAGCUUAGUUUACCGGACUUGUCUUGGCUGUGGUUUUGACGUCAAGUUGACGCUGGAACGAGUGUGUUGUCGUGCCUGGAUGUUUACUUGGCAUUAAGACGCAACUAGUCGGGCGCACCUGUUUGAUAGUCGGAGUUUUGCGCAUUGGUGGUACUCAGUAUGUCAAGGCUUUAAAAAUGGGCCAUUCUGGUGCACUCUCCAUGUGUAAAGUUCUGUGAAUGGUGUUUUGGCGUCGAUUUUAUUCUGGGAGGUGGGCUGACUGCACUCGGAUUCAUUUGUGAUGGUUAUUUUCUGUGGCAUGCGUACAGGGGUAGUGAAAUUUUUUGCACCCUUGAAGGUGUAAAAAGAGCAAGAGGUGCAUUUGAUUUGUCCCAUGGCUAUCACUUUUACUCUUAAGGGUGUAACAUUUUUGUGUACACCUUGGCACGGCAAAGACACGCUAGCAUGGUUUCAUCCUGAAGGGUAUUGAAUGGUGCGUCCCUAGUGCAUUAAAGUUUGGUGCUAAAUUUUAUGCAUGGCAGACUACCUUUUCUCACAAAAUGUUGGGCAAGGCUUUCUGUUCCCUUUAUUCCCAAGUAAAUAUUAAAAACAAGAGCUCUCAUGAAGGAUUUCCGUGAUGGUUCAUGUGAAGUUGCUACCUGGUAUCAGUUGUCACGGUGUGCUUGAUGUUUGUUUAUGGUAAUAACUAUGAUAAAAGUGUGAGUGUCUGGAAUAGGGUUAACAAUGCACAUCUGGAUACAGAGAAAACAGAAUCGACAGUGUGUGCACUGGUGCCUAAGUGAAUUGGCUGUGAAAGUCGCCCACCGCUGUGCAUUGGCGGAAGCGUGAUUGGGAAGCAUUUACAGCUGCGCAUGCUAACGUUUGAGUGCGUUUUUGGACCUGCUGUGCAUGUUGUCAAUAUUCCUUUGCUACGUUAUUGUUUUCACGAACUUUUGCAUCUAGAAGGGGCACACACGCUUAUAUUGCUAGGGCUGUUGGGCGGGGAAUUUUUUAAGAAUAUUUUUUGUGUCGAGAUGAGCCGAGUGCAUUCCUCCCUUUGAUCUUCAGCCCUCUGGACACUAUUCAUUUUGUAGGUCUGUUCGCGAUUCUGUAAAAGUUUCUUAUGAAAAUAUGGACUGUUUCUUAAGUAGCGACUGUUUUCUUUCGUAAUUUGCAAGGACGGAUUAUUUCUGCUGUGCAUUUGUAUAGUUGGUGCAGCCUGUUUAAGUUUAAAAAGUGAAACAAGUUCUCACUUUUUUUUUUUUUCUUAAGCUUUCCGAGGCUUGAUUGCGUUUGAUUGUGAAGUACUUCAAUUAUUUUUGGUCAGACAUUUUGUGUCGAUGCCAAAGAAAAUAAACACAUAAUCUAAGGAUACCAUUUUGCAACACUUAAGAGAUUUGCUGCUAUGCCAGCCACACUAGCAUGCUUUGUGAUAGGACUGACAUGUCAACUUACUGCUGUAAAUUGUUUAUCAAAGGUGGUCUUGUGAAUUGUGUAGUCUUGAGGGAGGCUGCAUGCUGUACCUUUGAUUUCAUUAUUAUUUCAACUAUUUCCCUUACAUUCACUAGUGUGGCUGGAUAUUCACUCCUCCAAGAGCACUUUGUUUCGCCGAGAGAAGGGAAGCACCUCCAUUACCGGGCACCAUCACUGGCUGCAGUUCUGCAACGGAAUGCCCGUUGGGACUAAUUUAAACACUCGCACGCAGAAACUGCUUUUUUCUUGACUCUGUAUAAAGCUUCCCAGCCUGUGUUACAGAUGCGAAAACUGAAGCCUUACAGCCAAGCCAUUUCAAUGUGGUUGCGAGUGUUGUAGUGAUGCCCAGCAGUAAACGUGUCGCACAUGUUGCACAAGCUGGAAUCGAAGGGCCAAGAGCGUUAUCCACAUCUGUGCUUUUUUUUGUGAAGGUUAAGGUUUAAACACUGCCACGAACUUAUUGAGCCAAUAACAUUAAUAAUGUUCAAAUGCUGCUGGAAACAGUGGUCAGAGAAAUGAUGCCACUGCCAGCAUUGCCAUUUGAUAGGGCCGUCUACCUCGUGUUGCAAAUGAAAGGGUGAAUAAAAAAAUUGAGUCUUGUA